CUUCCGCUUUUACGCAUGACAUUUUAGAACUGAGUUUAUAGUUUUGUUAUGAUUGUCAUUAAUUACUUCAGAGAUGUUUGAAGUGCAAAUGCGAAUAUAUUUUAUAAAAGAAGUGUUAAUUUGUUGGUAUUUUGGUUUAUAACGACUCGUUGCCACUGAUUAUAGUUAUUUUUGCCGUAAACAAUGUCUGCAAAUAGUGGGGUUCAGAAUAGUCCUGGCAAUCCAGAUGCAGCGGUUUCUACGGGAACAGCGUCAAAUAAAAGCACUCCUGCUCAUCCCAAAAAUGACGAAAAGAAAUCAAGAGUUAUAUUAAAUAUUUUGCCGAAAUUGCCAUCUACAGAUUCACUAAGUAACAGCCCUGGGCCUGGUAGUCCAGGCAUCACAAAUGUAGAUAGACUCGAGACCGCAGUAAACACAGAUGGGUUACAUUCCCCUGAAUCAUGUUCCAAACUAAUGCGUAAAGAGUCUUACAAGGCCCAAAGAAAAAAUUACCGGAAAGAAAAGAAAAGAGUUACCAACGAACUAUUAAAUUCUCUCAAAGACCCUACAGUGGUAGUUCUAGCCGAUUGGUUAAAAGUACGGGGCACUUUGAAGUCGUGGACUAAACUUUGGUGUGUCUUAAAACCGGGUUUGCUGGUUCUGUAUAAAAGCCCAAAGUCAAAGGUAAAGAGCAGUCAUUGGGUUGGCACGAUACUGUUAAACUCCUGCAAAGUAAUAGAAAGGCCCAGCAAGAAGGACGGAUUCUGCUUCAAACUGUACAAUCCUUUGGAGCAAACCAUUUGGGCACACAGGAGACCAGAAAACGAGACUAUUAGGGCCGUAGUACAACCACUACCAAGUUCAUACUUAAUAUUCCGAGCCCCCAGCCAGGCAUCUGGCAUGUGCUGGCUCGAUGCUUUGGAAAUAUCAAUUCGAAAUGACAGUGCUCUUGUGAGAUCAGUCAGCAAUAAAUCCACGUCCGGUAGCACAACGCAUGAGACACAAUGGAGUGAAACUGAUUACGAAAAACAUUUUGUUCAUGAUUUGGAUAAUAUUAGUCAAGCUGAUAAUGGGGCUCAACUGAGCACUGGCGAAGUUGACAUCAGUGAUACGGAAUCGGAGUUAUCCCAUAAAGACGACGAUUUGGAUGUCGAUCCUCCUGAAACACUUUAUGUUGUAAAUACUGAAGAGGAGUUCGGAGAAGUGGGAGCUCAAGUAGAAGAAUUAGCAGAAGAGCACAAGUCUUUAAUUUGGUACUUGAUAAGGCAAGUGCGGCCUGGUAUGGAUCUAAGCAAAGUUGUUUUGCCAACAUUCAUUCUUGAACCGAGAUCUUUUCUCGACAAAUUAUCCGAUUCCUAUUACCACGUAGAUAUUCUAACCCAAGCUGUUCUCGAAGAUGACGCUUUCACGAGAAUGAAGGAGGUUGUUAAAUGGUACCUUUCAGGCUUGUACAAAAAGCCCAAGGGUCUGAAGAAGCCUUAUAAUCCGAUUUUAGGUGAAACUUUCAGAUGUUUCUGGUUACAUUCCAAUGGUACCAAAACCUUUUAUAUUGCCGAACAAGUUUCCCAUCAUCCUCCAGUUUCGGCAUUUUACGUUACAAACCGGCAAGAUGGUUUUGCGAUUAGCGCUAGUAUAUUAGCCAGAUCGAAAUUUUAUGGCAAUUCAACAUCGGCUAUUCUCGAUGGUACUGCUGUUCUUACGCUUUUGCCCCGUGGAGAAGAUUACAAAUUAACCGUACCUUAUGCUCAUUGCAAAGGAAUUUUAAUGGGCACACUCACAAUGGAGUUGGGUGGCAAAGUGACAAUAGAUUGUGAAAAAACGGGGUACUACACUGAACUGGAAUUUAAAUUGAAGCCCUUUUUGGGCGGUUCGGAGCAAACGAAUUGUAUCUCUGGCCGGUUAAAGUUGGGAAAAGAGACUUUGGCUACUAUAGAAGGAUAUUGGGAUGGAACGAUUAACAUAAAAGACAAACGUACUGGAGAGGUGCAAGUACUAUUCUCCUCAACGCACGCAACAAGAAAGCAAAGGUUGAUGAGAUAUACAGUACCGCUGGAUAGUCAAGGAGAAAACGAGUCUGAGAAAUUAUGGCAGCAUGUUUCUGCAGCCAUACAGCGAGAUGACAUGAACGCUGCUACCGAGGAAAAAACCCUUUUAGAGGAGGCACAAAGAGCUAGAUCAAAAGAACGCAAAGCUAAGUGCGAGGAAUGGGUUCCAGUGCAUUUUCAACAAGACCUGAAGACAGGUCAGUGGGUGUAUAAACAUUCUGAUUUGCGUCCUUGGGAUCCGCGAAAUGAUCUUUACCAAUACGAAAAUGAGUACAAGAUCCUCACUAGGACUCAGCAUCCUACUCCAAUGAUCAGAACUGCUAGUAUCAUCAGCGUGGAACCACAACAGAUCAUCGAAUAUCGGAGCUCCGCGAAAGUUUCAAAGCGGAAGCUGGCUACCAAGCAGAUUUCUUCUGAUGCUGAUGCAAAUGACAGUACCACCGAUGAAUUUCAUUCUGAUUCGUCUCAAGAAGGUAAAAAGGAGAAGACCAUAUCCAAUUCAAGAUAUGUUUGUUGCAGUAUAAAAGCAAAGUUACAGGAAAUGGAUAAACAUCUCCAAGAGGUCGAUCAAAAGAUCAACCAGGUCCAGAAAACGGUAACCUACAUGGUAAAUGUAAAUCAAAGAUCGACCAGCAACAUUUCGAAUAUUUUUAACAUAUUUAUCGUCGUUUUUUUCCUGGGCGUUUUCGAAGCGGGUCUGUUUUAUAUGUUCAAAAAGUAGACUAAUUUUUUUAGUGCAAUCGAAUGUGAUAUAAAUGUUAGAGGGUAAAGUGUUUUCUUGCUUUUAAAGCUUUAAUUUAACUUUUAGUCGUUCUUACUUCGUCGUGGAUUUUUUAACUAAGUGUAUCCCCCAGAUAUCUUGUUGCCAAAAACUCAUGUUUAUCAUAUGUGUAUUUUAUACCUCUUUAUAUUGUCUACAUGUAUGGAAUUAGUACACUUGCCAUUUAAAAUAUGUACGCGAGUACCAAUAAGUAUGUUUAUUGGUUUUAUGGAGUGCACGAUUGUCCGAUUCCUGACUUCGUUCAAUUACAAAUUUGUAUGGCUUCGAAGUGCCUUUGAAGUAACGAACUGUUACGAAAAUAGCCUGAUUAAAUAGCAAUAACACAACCGAAAGAAGUAUGAGCAAUAAAAAUAGGUUGAUAAAUUAUGUUUCCCUCUUUCUGCUAGAACACCGUGUACAUUUUACAUUACGUUUCGCUGUUUUUUAAAUAUUGGAGUUUCCUUGCUCAGAUUGCAAACUAGUCGUCCAGUAGGUGAAGUCAGGAAUGUAAUAGACAUUAAAGCGAACUAGUUAAGAGCUUUCUGGUAAAUUUGAAUAAAUGACUGUGCAAGCGCAUGAAGCUUAAAGGGUAUUUGCUAGCAAAUUUUAUUCCCUUAAUUGAUCUUGUUUAUAGUUGAGUUGAUAAUUUUAACUGGAAAGCCCUGUCAACUAAGGAAUACAAUUUGAAUUGCAUUUAAGUGAAAUUUAAUAUGUUUAUUACGGCAUCAUAUUAAUCAGUCACCCCCGUUUUACAUUCGUGAGGAUUCUUUAAAGGUAAAUAUAAUUUGAUUUAAUUUUUGCCCUGAGGUUUGACGAUUGUUAAAAAAUCUCCUAAAACAUGUUUUUCUUUUUAUGACCGUCGAAACAGCUUUUAUUGUUAUCUUAACCAGUUUAAAGAAUCCUUAUUUGUUAAAUUAUGCAACCACAGUUAAGAACUUUUGUACUGUUAGUUUUUUUAUCUAAGUUUAUUUAAUGUUUUACACUUUUGUUUAUAUUAUUUUGCAUACAUAUUUAGCCAACUCCAUAUAUUCGGGCCCAUAAGAUUGGUCGAUUGAUUAAGAGUAAAGUCCUCCUUGGAUUUUUCGAAUCAAUUUCAAAUUGAUUACGCACAUCUCCGUCUUGAGCGAUAUGAACACUUUCAAUCCCACAUUUUCUUCGUCUUGUUAUAUUUAAUACUUUUACAGAAUUAUAACGGGAUUUAGCACAUAUCCGGGUCGAAGGACCGCUAAUAGCAUUGGCUCUCUAGUUUCUUCCUUUUAUCCACUAUCAAGAAGUACAUUAUGUGAAAUCAUCUCGAUGUUAAUGAAUUUUUACCUAUGUGGUGUAAGCAUUUUUAGUCCAUAAAUAUUUAAUUGGCUUGAGGAAUCACUUUUGAAAAUAGUAUAUCGCACUUUGGUGAUGUUCUAUCAAAUAAACUAUCAAUGAUUA